CAUGGUGUGGCGCGUGUUUGCUCCAAACCAAGGGGCGCGCGCCGUUCCCAGUCAAACGGUAACAGCCGAGGGUUACCUCAUUUGCCAUUUUACCUCGGUCUUUGCUUUGGGACAGUACCUCUGCUAACCUUUAGCUGGAGUUUUUACGUGCUGUCGGUCACUGUCAGGUGUUGGAUGUGUCUUUAGCUCCCUGUCAAUGCCAAGUUUGAACACCGCGGCCGAAGGAGGAGCUGCAACGCCGUGGUGACGACCUGGUCGAGGACCUCACUAACUUCACGUCACUAACACAUGUGAAUCAGUCCAGUUCAUAUAACAUCUGGGAGGAUAAAACAUGAUUCCCACAAGAACUUUGAUUUAUAAAGGAGGAACCUUUUUACCACAGAUGAUCCAAGCUGAAGCAGCAUGAUGAAACACACACUUAGGCAGUGCCAGACUCCCCCCUUAAUAACUGUGCGGAUCAAACCCAGCACUGCAGCCUCUCUGCGAGUCAGGAGAGGCCUCAGGCUCAAAAGACCCAACGUCCAAGAUGCCCAGGGCCCACCAGGCAAGAGCCAUGCAAGCCAGCACCCAGAUGAGUUGUAUAAUCACAGACUGACCUUGGGUCCAACUCUUGUCAUCAAGCGUGAAGAGAUGAUUGCCUUCCUCAGACUAUUUGAUGACGAUAUGAUCCAAGAUUUUCUGUGGAUGGACUGUUGCUGUAAAAUCACAGACAAGUACCUCCUAGCCAUGACUUUUGUCUACUUCAGAAGGGCCCGCUUCAGCAUCAGAGAGCACAACAGGAUGAAUUUUUUUAUUGCACUAUACCUUGCCAACACCAUGGAGGAGGAUGAGGAGGAGAACAAGUAUGAGAUAUUCCCUUGGGCACUGGGCAAGAGCUGGAGGAAGCACUUUCCCCACUUCCUCAAGCAGCGAGACCAGCUGUGGGCUCGCAUCGACUACAGGGCUGCUGUCAGCAGGCGCAGCUGUGACGAGGUAAUGGCCAUAAUGCCCUCUCACUUUGUGUGGCAGCGAGAGAGGGCAGAGCACCACAGCGGUGCCCAGCGGCACUAUGGUGAGCGAGCGCACACCCGUAUGCCCCAUGGGCCCUCGGCGUGUCCUGCCCCUUGUGCCCUCUGUGACAGUGGCCCCAGAUUGGCUCGAGGCGAGAGGCUCUCUUCUUCAUCCAGUGGCUUUUCUGUGCAGACCUCCACCUCUCCGCUUCCGUUUGCCCUCGCCCUCUCUGAGACCACCCCGCCCAGGGCCAAGGCCUCUCGCAGGAAGGUUAGGAAGACCAAACACAAGGCGCAGGCUCAGCCUUCCUCCCGCUGCUGUGCUGAGGAUAUCCCCAGGAAGGAGUGUGGAUCCAUGUAUGACCCAUCCAUGGACUGGAUCAACAUGCAGUAGAUAUUAUACUUCAUCAACAGUUUUACCACCACUGUCUUUAUCCUGAUAUUGAGAUUCUGCUCUCAUUUUCCUCCUGUGAAGCAUCAUUCCAUCACUUCUCAUUAGAACAGAAUGUGACUCUGGUGCCACUAAUAAUCUUAAGUAAACGUGUUCAGCUCAACAGUUUGCACUUAGUUUGUUAACGGUAUUGCCUCCUCGUUCAAAUACAAGACUUCUCUCUUAAUUAAUCCAACAAGGGCUACUCAGAAGUUUGUCCUGUAGGUAACAACAUGGACCUAAUGUCAUGCCGUAUGUUAUACUCUGAUGGAAAAAUGUCCUAAGAUUGAUGUCUAAUGAUUUAUUUAAGGCACAGCUACAGUGCAAAAUAUAUACAUAUAGAAUUUUCUAAUUUAUUAUAUUUAUUAUAAAAAAAAGUUUGACUUACACUUUCAGUUCAAAGAAUAUUUAUUCCCUGAAACACUUGACAAUAUGAUAUUAUUUAUUAUGUUCAGUUACAUGUAGACGCAAAAAUACUGCAUUACUUAACCAUUGAUAGGUUAUUUAUGUUCAACAUAGUAUGUGAAAUACUAGACUUCAGCUGGGUGUGUUUGAUAUUGCUGCCUUUUCUGGAUUUUGAAUAAAGGCUUGAUCUUACUUUGUUUUCUUGA